UGACGUAUUAAAAGGCCCGACGGAAAUAGAAUUAAAAGCGUUCUAAAAUGGCGAACCGUACAGUGAAGGAUGCCCACAGCAUACACGGCACUAACCCGCAGUAUCUAGUUGAGAAGAUUAUUCGAACUCGAAUUUAUGAAUCGAAAUACUGGAAGGAGGAGUGCUUUGGACUUACAGCUGAACUUGUCGUUGACAAAGCAAUGGAGUUAAGGUUUGUGGGCGGUGUGUAUGGUGGAAACAUAAAACCAACACCAUUUCUCUGUUUGACCUUGAAGAUGCUUCAGAUUCAGCCAGAAAAGGAUAUCAUUGUAGAAUUUAUAAAAAAUGAAGAUUUCAAGUAUGUCCGCAUGCUGGGAGCUCUUUACAUGAGACUAACAGGCACUGCAAUUGAUUGCUACAAGUACUUGGAGCCUCUGUACAAUGACUAUAGGAAAAUCAAGAGCCAGAACCGUAAUGGGGAGUUUGAACUGAUGCAUGUAGAUGAGUUCAUUGAUGAUCUCCUACACAGUGAGAGAGUCUGUGACAUUAUUCUGCCCCGACUACAGAAACGCUAUGUGUUAGAGGAAGCUGAACAGCUGGAGCCUCGGGUUAGUGCUCUAGAAGAAGACAUGGAUGACGUGGAGUCCAGUGAAGAAGAGGAAGAGGAGGAUGAAAAGUUGGAGAGAGUACCAUCCCCUGACCACCGCCGGAGAAGCUAUAGAGACUUGGACAAGCCCCGCCGCUCUCCCACACUGCGCUACAGGAGAAGUCGGAGCCGGUCUCCCAGAAGGCGGAGUCGGUCUCCGAAGAGAAGGAGCCCUUCCCCUCGCCGAGAAAGGCACAGGAGUAAGAGUCCAAGACGACAUCGAAGCAGAUCCCGAGAUAGAAGGCACAGAUCUCGCUCCAAGUCACCAGCUCAUCACCGAAGUCACAGACAUAGGAGCCAUUCAAAGUCUCCUGAAAGAUCUAAGAAAAGCCACAAGAAAAGCCGGAGAGGAAAUGAAUAGUGGAUUCACUUUGGUUUUAGUCUGGUGACCUGAGGAUUUGAAGGCAUCUCUGAAGAAGGAUGAGAAGCUACACCAUGGGCAGCUAUGAGAAUAUUGUAGUUUUUUUUUUAAUCAAGUCACUUUUUGUUUUUCAAUGUAAGAGGUGCUGAGUUUUGUAUCUCUUUGAAUUAUAAUCCACAUGUUUUGUACUACCAACCUUGACUUUACUCAAAUUAAUGGGGAUAGAAAGGGUUGGAAUGUGGAAGAUUAGACUGACUGUCAUAAGAGGCUAUGACCACCAGAUGACAUUUUUAUUAUUAAUGACAUAGCCAUUUCCCACUUUUCUGUAGUUUCUAUUUUUUUGUCUUAAUGUAUUUGGGACUAUAUUGAGAAUCCUAAGAUUCGUGCUGCUGCUGUUACUGGUCAAGUUAGUAAAGUAUACUAGCUUUUUUUUUUCUUCCAGCAGCAAGUAGCAAUAAAA